AGAAGCAUCAAGCAUGAUUGAAAUUCGAGGAAAAUGCGUUAUCUGUACGCAACGAUUUCUGACCCACAAUAUCUCAGCCCUGCACUGUGGCCACAUAUUUCAUUACGACUGCAUUAUGCAGUGGUUAAGAUGCUCACUAACUUGUCCAACCUGUAGAGCCUUCUGUGACACUAGCCAAAUCGUGAACCACUUAUUUUUUGAUGACCCGGACGAACACAACGACAGUUCGCUUCUUGCUAGCCCUACCUCUCAGCGCCUUCAUUUUGCUGAAGAAGCAAUCAGAGAGUUGAAAAACAGUCUCCAUCGCAAGGAAGAAGAAGUACGAUAUCUGAAAGACAGUCACGCCCUAGCAAAGAUAAUGGCAGAAAGAGAAUCUUUGAAAAAUGCGCAGCUUUCAAAAGAAAACGCUUUGUUGAAUGCCAAGAAUAAGGAGAUGGAGAGAAAACUCGAAACGGCUAAAAGGCGACAACGAGAGUUGCGUGAUCUUUGCGAUGUAUGGGAAAAACCUCUCAAAGAAAGGUUGCGAGCUCGCAACAACGCUACGACUUCUCGUGUUAUGGAAAAACCUCGAGAAAAUGCAGAUUCGAGAGAUGUGUUGCCAAAAAGAAGAACAAGAAGACCUCUGGCGGACAGGAAGAACGGCUGUCAAGAAGAUGCGAAUUUAUCUGAUUCGAAAGAAGAAGAGCAAUGA